AUGUCUCUAGAAGGCUCAGAAACAGGCCCAAUCGUCUUCCGACCCGGUGCAAUCCAUCUCCAAGACUUUCCACAGCAAGCCAUUCUAAAACAAUGCACAACCAACAUCCCACGCUUCCUAUUCCGCCUCACAGGCCCCCUCAGCGCCGGUGAAACCUCCACAACAUCAGUCUCCUCCCGCGCCUGGCUCAACAAUUCCCCGACCCGCCACCACGACCUCUUCUCCACCCCACCCUUCUCCCCAGCGCUCAUCGCCCACAAGCUCCAAGACCACCUCCUCAGCCUCUACGACUUCGACUCCAACCUCGUCUCCUGGACCAGCUCGCUCCUCUUCGCGCUCCACUACGCCGUGCACAGACAUUACACCGGCGAAAGCCCGCAGGACCUGUACCUCCUCAUCGUCGACACGACUCAGUUCCCUGAAGGCGCCUUCAUCCGCGACCUCGAUGCCAUCGACGCGUUCAGGGGCUACUCGCGCAUACCCCCCGACAAGGACGGGCUGCAGAGAUUGUGGCGGUGGCGGAGCGGCAACGCCUAUUUUGGGGAGUACCUCUCGCAGGGCAGGCUCCCGCUCGAUUCCGAGCUGUGCGAUCGCGUGAGUUUGCAGGCGUUGAGCGAGGCUGGGCUGAGGAGCUUGUUUCCGGCGCUGUGGUACCGGGACCUGCCGGCGACGUGGUGCGGCGCCGUGCUCAUUCUGCGGAUGGAGCUCGGGUCCUCGUCGACGGGGAUGGAGGCGGAAGACAGGAAGAUUUGCGUUGCUUAG